AUGAAGGCCUCCAUCGCUCUCCUAGCGGCCACUUACGCCAGCAGCGCCCUAGCAACAUCACUGGGUGGCACCGAUCCUGAAAAAGAUGCACGCGAGAUUGUUAUUGGAGAGUUUGAGCGCACAGGAGCUUUUGCAGUGAAUACUCAAGCUCAUCCAAAUCUUGAUGUUAACCAAGAUGAUGAGAUAAUCAUUCCGGACUCAGAACAAGGAAAGGGCAAGGGCGAUGGAAAAGGAAAAGAUGAUGGAAAAGGAAAAGGAAAGGGCAAGGAUGACGGCAAAGGCAAAGAUGAUGGAAAAGGAAAAGGCAAAGGCAAAGACGACGGCAAAGGCAAGGACGAUGGCAAGGGAAAGGGAAAAGGCAAAGACGACGGUAAAGGUAAAGAUGAUGGCAAAGGAAAAGGCAAAGAUGAUGGUAAGGGAAAAGGAAAAGGAAAAGAUGAUGGUAAAGGCAAGGGGAAAGGCAAAGAUGACGGCAAAGGUAAAGACGACGGCAAGGGAAAGGGAAAAGGAAAAGAUGGUGGAAAAGGCAAGGACGACGGCAAGGGGAAGGGAAAAGGUAAAGAUGGUGGCAAGGGCAAAGAAAGCAGCAUUUAA